AUGAAAGUGCUCUUCAAAGUGAAGAAACAUUAUAAUAAUAAAAUCAUUUAUAUCUUAGUCGUUUGUUGGUUGAAACAUUCUGAAAUGGAAACGAAGACAAGUUCGUUAAGUAAUCCAUUUAAACUUCGUUUCGAGAAUGCCAAAUACAUUCAUUCAGAUGUGAUUCAAACGUCACCACCACACGCUAAGAUUUAUUCAGAGAGCUAUGGAAAUAUUUCUUGCAAAUGGUCCAUAAUCGGCUGUUUUAUGGAAUGUCACGGAAAUGGAUAUCUGUUUCUUAGAAAAACUGCCUACAAUGCAAAUCAAAUUAGAGCCACAGCAAUGCUUUUCAAGCUAACACUUAGUAAGCAGAAAUGUUGUUCGUCCUCCUCUUCCAUCCACAUGACUGUCUCUAAAGUUGUUGGAAAAAACGAAAAUCAUUGA